CAUAUAUAUACGUGCGUUAGUAAUAGUUUACUCAUAAAAUGCAUAUAAUUUAAGAAUAUGAAUUUAAUUAAGUUAUUGAAGCCAGUCAGCAGAGCAGGUGCAAAAUAAACCAAAUAUAAUUUAAACACAAGAGUGCAUAUAUAUAUGUGUGUGGAAUUUUAACUUACAACGUCUAAUAAUAAAAGGCAUAAUUCGCUGGCAUUGUGUGCAAGAAAGAGAUAGGGCAAAAGAAAGAAGUUACUAAUUUAUUGUGCGUAUGCGUUGUGUUUGCUGUCAGAGUGACAUUAAUAGCUUUGUUAUAUUUUUAAAUACGCAUAGCAAAUAGUAGCCAAAAUAUAAACGUAUCAACAUUAUCGAAAGUUCAACUACGCUUCCGACACACCAGCAGCAGAAGAAACAGCAACAACAAUAACAACAAGUCGGCCUCUGUCUGACAUUUCAUGCUUUGCGGCCCCUAUCCAAAUUGCUGAUAAAUACAUGCAAAAGCAACACCAACAUCAGAGCAGCAGCAGCAGCAGCGUCAAGUGCUUUAACGCCGGGAAUUAAAUAACAAGUAACAAACUAUAAACUCUUCGUACAACAACAGUAAUAACAAUAGCGAGCUUAUCACACACACACACACACACGCACACACACAUCCGCAGCAGCAGCAGCCAGAAGAACAACAGUUUAUCAUAUUUGAGCAACCGGCAGCAGCAGCAGCAGCCACCAUCAACGCUGUGAGUGCGAGCGAGAGGCAGAGGCACACGCAAGUGUAUAUGUGUGUGGGUGUGUCUGUCUGUGUGUGUGUGGGAGCAAGGCACAGGCACGGCAAAAAAACACCAACAACAACAACAAAAGGCAGCAAGCAGUAGCCGGAGCAGCAGUAGCAGCAGAAUAUUUUCACAAAUUUUUGCAUUGUUCAACUGGACGGCAGCGUCAGCGCCGCUGCCAGCGUUAACCUCAACGCCGAUUAACUGUAAAUUACAACAGCAGCUCCAAAAUGGCACGCCACUUUGAUCAUAUGUUCAAGUUGCUUAUAAUUGGCGACAGCGGUGUGGGCAAAUCUUCGCUCCUCAUACGAUUUUCAGAUGACACAUUCUCGGGCAGUUAUAUAACGACAAUUGGAGUGGAUUUUAAAAUACGCACCGUUGUGAUCGACGGAUUGCGGGUAAAGCUGCAGAUCUGGGAUACGGCUGGACAGGAGCGCUUUCGCACCAUUACCAGCACCUACUACCGCGGCACACACGGCGUGAUCAUUGUCUACGAUGUCACGAAUGGCGACUCCUUUGCGAAUGUGCGCCGCUGGCUGGAGGAGAUACAGAACAAUUGCGAUGUGGUCAACAAAGUAUUAGUGGGCAAUAAAAAUGAUGAUCCGGAUCGCAAGGUGGUCAUAACAGAGGAUGCGCAACGCUUUGCGCGGCAAAUGGAUAUUGAGCUGUUUGAGACAUCCGCCAAAGACAACCUCAAUGUGGAGGAUAUGUUUCUGUCCAUAACGCGACAGGUGCUGAAUCAUAAGCUGCGCACCGCCUCCGAUGAACAGCAAAAGGAUCGCAUCCAAGUAAAGCAAAGCAAGAACAAGGGGAAAACCAACAAAUGUUGCAGUUGAAAGCGAAGUCGUGGCAGCAGCAAUAGGAUGUGGAUGAAGAUACGUUGUGGGGGCGCGUAGUACAGGUUCAUAAGGCAAACACUCAAACAUAUACACACAGAAACUUAUACACAGAUAGACAAACAUAUGUAGCUUACACACACAUACACAUGCACAAGACAAAUUUUUUGUUUUUUUUUUUUUUUGUUUAAUGCCUCAGAGCCGUUAAAAGAUGUGUAAAGCGCAAUUAAAUGUAU